UUAUGUAUACAAUAUUCUGUUCGCGUGUAUGCCUGAAGGCCAGAAGAGGGCACCAGACCUCAUUACAGAUGGUUGUGAGCCACCAUGUGGUUGCUGGGAAUUGAACUCAGGACCUUUGGAAGAGCAGGCAAUGCUCUUAACCGCUGAGCCAUCUCUCCAGCCCUCCACUAGGGACUUUUAAAAUAGUGAACUAUAUUUAAAAUGUCAACCAUAUUUAAACGUCAACAUUUAAAAUGCCGUGAAAACUGAAUUCUUUGUAAUUAUUUCAGUUUUAUGGCAAGAAUAUUUGGAUACCCAUUUUUAAAAUAUGCAAGAAGCCGGGCGGUGGUGGCGCACGCCUUUAAUCUCAGCACUCGGGAGGCAGAGGCAGACGGAUCUCUGUGAGUUCGAGACCAGCCUGGUCUACAAGAGCUAGUUCCCGGACAGGCUCCAAAACCACAGAGAAACCCUGUCUGGAAAAACCAAAAAAAAAAAAAAAAAAUCCCUUCACUGUUGCGCACGCUGCAAUAAACCUCGCCACGUGGGUUUUGUUGUGUCUUGCGUCCUCCUUUCGUCUCCCAGAAGAAGAAAAACACUCCCCCCGAGAGCGGAGAAGAAGAACCCUGACACAGACGGAAACAUUCCAGAAACCACAGAACUCCAGUAGUGCCCUGAAACGCACGCGAUUAGCCAGCACUACAUCUCCCGGCGCGCCUUGCUGUCAGGUCACUUGCUGUGGCGAGAACUACAUCUCCCGACAGGCCACGGGAGGAGGGGUGCCCGCGACCUGGAAAGCGGCUCUGGACUGUCCACGAUUUCCCAGUCUAUCAGGUUGCACUUUGAGGAGGAUGGCGCUGUCGCGGGGAGCCAGCAACCCGGACCCGGACCCGGACGAUAUCCGGCCUCUCAAGCCGUGUCUGCUGCGCAGCAACCACAACCUCGAUCAGCACAGCGUGGGGGCCUCCUGCCUCGAGGAGCUGAGGCGCAAAGCUUGCGAAGUACUGGCCAUUGAUGAGUCCCUGACACCAGUCACCCUGGUCCUGGCAGAGGACGGUACAAUAGUGGACGAUGACGACUACUUCCUUUGUCUCCCUUCCAAUACCAAGUUUGUGGCAUUGGCCUGUAAUGAGAAGUGGACGUAUAACAAUUCGGAUGGAGGAACAGCCUGGGUUUCCCAAGAAUCCUUUGAUGCCGACGAAACAGACAGCGGAGCCGGGGUGAAGUGGAAGAAUGUGGCCAGGCAGCUGAAAGAGGACCUGUCCAGCAUCAUCCUGCUCUCAGAAGAGGACCUCCAAGUGCUCAUUGACAUCCCGUGUUCAGAACUGGCUCAGGAGCUUUGCCAAAGCUGUGCCACUGUCCAAAGGCUCCAGGACUCGCUCCAGCGGGUGCUUGACCAGAGAGAGGAGGCCCGCCAGUCCAAGCAGCUCCUAGAACUGUAUCUCCGGGCCUUGGAGAAGGAGGGCGCCAUCUUCUCCAACCAGGAAGAGCCCAAAGCCGCCCUCGGUGGAGACGUGGAUGCGGUGGACACGGGCAUCAGCAAAGAGAUGGCUUCCGAAGUGGCA